AUGCAGCGCAGAGCGGACCAUCCGCUGACAGCUGAAGUUUACGGAGGGGCGCCCCGGAGCCCGGAGAGCGACCUUGAGCAGAAACCAGCGAAAUUAUCCGGACGCGGCCAGGGCGGGACUCAGGCCGGCCGACUGAGUCCAGCACGACCUCAGACUGAGCUGCACGCCGUUACCUGCUGGUUGGGAGGGAACCCGGUGCCCGGGACAGAAACGCUGUCCUCGUCUUCUCCCCCGGCUCCUCUUUCUCCUCCCUCCUGGCACCCGCAGGCCCAUCUGGACUCCCACUCGGCCCUCUCCCUCCAUGAGGGGCAGGGGGAGGCGGCGGGGGCCCCGGGUGUGGCCCCCCCGGCUCCACUGGGGAACCUGAGAGUCCCAGGUGGACAGUCCCACCACGACGUGUCCACUCUGACCGACCUUUGCUCAAACCUGCCAGAGCUGGAGAUAGUGAGCCUCCUAUCUGAAGGCCAGCCCAACUACACCCUGCGAGCAGACAGUGUGUUUGGAUACGAGGACGACUGGCUGCACACCCCGCUGCUGCCACCAGAGGUCGUGCUGGGUCUCACUCACGAGCAGAUCCAGGAGACGCUCAAGUACUUCUUGCUGUGCUCCGACAGGGUGGGCCAGGUCACCAAGACCUAUCAUGACAUCAAGGCAGUUACCCACCUGCUGGAAGAGAAAGAGCGGGACCUGGAGCUGGCGGCUCGGAUCGGCCAGUCGCUCCUGAAGCAAAACCAGGACCUAACGGCACGCAACGAGGUGCUGGAUGAGCAGCUGGACGUGGCAAAAGAAGAGAUUGCUCAGCUUCGCCACGAGCUCUCCAUGCGGGACGACCUCCUGCAGUUCUACGCCAGCACCGAGGAGAUCGAGAGCGCUCAGGCCCAGUCGCCAAUUAAAAGGAACGAAUCCUCCACUUCUCUGAGCAGCUUUGUCCAUUAUGACUUCCUGCACCAGAAACUGAAGAGUUUAGAGGACGAGAACCGCAAACUGAGACUUGAGGCCACCGAACUCUCAACGGAGACCACAAACUACGAGGAGCAGGAGCAGGAGCUGAUGAUGGUGUGUGUGGAGGAGCUCACCUCCGUCAAUAAGCAGGUGGUGGACCUCUCGGAGGAGUUGGCACGGAAAGUGGAAGAUGGCGUCCGGCAGCAGGAGGAGAUCAGCUCCCUGCUGGCGCAGAUUGUUGACCUGCAGGCCCGAUGCAAAGGGCUGAGCCUUGAGAAUGAGGAGCUGAACCAACACCUCAGUGCAUCCCGCGAGAGGGAGCAGCAGCUUAAGUCAGAGCUGAAGGACUUGCGGGACAAGUACUCAGAGUGUGAGGACAUGCUCCACGAGGCACAGCAGGACAUCAAAAACCUGCGGAACAAGAGCCUGCCGAACAGCACGGUGCAGCGCUACACGGCCCUGGCCUCCGUGCUGCCCAUGGACUCGCUGGCCGCAGAGAUAGAGGGAACCUUCCGGAAAGGCCUGGACACGCCGGCUCCCUCAGAGUACAAGAACCACCCGUGGCGCGUGUUUGAGACGGUGAAGGUGGUGAACAAGGCGGUGCGGAUGCGCUCCCAGUGCCACUCCCCGGGGCUGCCGGGCUCCAGCCCCGUGUCCGUGCGCUCCAGCUGCACCAGCACGCCCCGAACCAGCUACUACGGCUCCGACAACGCCAGCCUCACGCUGGAGGACAAGCCCUGCUCCACUCCCGCCCAGAAGGAGGACAACAGCGUCGGCGGGCCCAAACGCCUGGGCCAGCCGGGUACCCCGGGCGGCCAGGACCUGGAGGCGGCCCUGCGCAGCCUCUCCGCCCGGCAGCAGAGCCACUCCUCCGACCGGCCCUUCUUCGACGUGGAGCGGGAGCGGAAGCUCCGCGCCCUGGCGUCCCACUGCGAGGAGGGCGAGGGCUCCAGCGGCUUCCUGACCCCCAACGACAGCCUGGCCUCCAGCCCCGCCGCCUCCACGGGAACCAACUACUCCAACGGCAGCUCGCGGCACUCCUGCGGAUCCUCCGGGGGCUCCAGGUCCUACCUGCCCGACCGCCUGCAGAUCGUCAAGCCUCUGGAAGGCUCGGUGACGCUGCACCACUGGCAGCAGCUGGCCAAACCCAACCUGGGGGGGAUCCUCCACCCGCGCCCCGGCGUCCUCACCAAGGAUUUCAAGGAGCUAGAGAUUGACAUUCAGCACGUCUACAGCCUGAACGACCUGGAGGAGGACGAGCCCGACCUGACCCAGCUCUCUGGGGCCCACGGCUUAGUCUCCUCAUCGGGUCCCAACCUCCCUCAGACCCCUCCCACUCAUACCAUUACCACCUGCCGAGUCCUCCAACCCUCCCCUCUCAUGCCCUCCUUCUCCACUAGCCUUCGCCCUUUCGUCCUGCCAUCUUGUGGGAACUGGCGGAGCGGCUUCAGCCUGAACCUGGUGGAGAAGCUCCAGAGCCUGGGCCUGCACCGGGUGGCGGCCUGGGGGAUCAAAAAAGUCUGA